AUGGCGGAGGCUAUACUGACCGUGGUGACCAAGAUUGGGACAGUGGCUUUAAAUAAAGGAGUCACGGCUGUGGUAGAGAAGUUGGCGACAAGGCUUGAAAGUCUGAAGGAAUUGCCGGGCAAGAUUAAACGAAUUGAGAAAGAGUUGAGGAUGAUGAAUAACACAAUUCAUGAUUUCGGUACGAUACAUCUGAGCAACCAUAGGAAGAAGGGUUGGAUUGAUGAUGUGAGGAAGCUGGCCUACCGUGUGGAGGAUGUAAUUGACAAGUAUUCGUAUGAGGCCCUCAAGCUCAAGGAAGAGGGCUUCCUAAAUAGGUACAUGUUCAGAGGUACGCGACAUGUAAUUGUUUUCGGUAAGAUUGCUGAUGAUGUGACAGAGAUAGAGGAGGAGAUCAAGCACAUAAAUGAACUGAAGAAAAGCUGGAGCGACGAACCUACACAAAUAGAGCAUGCAGAAAUUGAUCGGACGAGGUCCGGAAGCUGUUUUCCAGAGCUUACUAGUGAUGAUGAUCUUGUGGGAAUUGAAGAAAACAGGAGCAAGUUGACUGAAUGGCUGACCAGCGAUGAGAAAGAGAGCACAGUGAUCACAGUUUCCGGUAUGGGGGGCCUGGGGAAGACAACCCUUGUGAAGAACGUGUUUGAUCGGGAGAAAGCCAACUUCCCUGAUUUCAAUGCUUGGAUCAUGGUCUCACAGACAUAUGAUGUGGCUGAUCUGCUGGGAACAUUGCUCACCAAGAUACGACGGCACACGCAGCAGCAGUCUGCGUUGCCUGCUACUGUGGACGGCAAAGCUGAUGUCUUUGAGCUAACAGAGGCAAUCAACAAGAUACUCAAACACAGGAGAUUCCUAGUCGUGCUUGAUGAUGUGUGGAAAACAGAUGCAUACACUCGGAUGCGCAGUGCAUUCCAAGGUGUCCAAGGAAGCCGUGUUAUCAUCUCAACACGGAAGGAAGAUGUCGCGGCCCUUGCUCCGGUAAGACGUCGCCUGCUACUCCAGCCAUUGGGGGCCGCCGAGUCUUUCAAGCUGUUCUGCUCCAGGACUUUCCGCGAAGACGGCGAGUGCCCUUCGGAGCUCCACACCGUGGCUACAGCCAUGGUCGAGAGGUGCCAUGGCCUGCCGCUAGCCAUUGUGUCCGCCGGCGGCCUGCUAUGCACGAAGCAACCAACGGAGCACGCCUGGAACCAGAUGUACAAACGCCUACGGAGCGAGCUGCGGGAAACCGACCAUGUCCGGGCUAUACUUAACCUGAGCUACCAUGACUUGCCGGGUGAUCUGAGGAACUGCCUCCUGUACUGCAGCCUGUACCCUGAGGACUACCCAUUGUCACGGGAGAGCCUCGUGCGGAUGUGGGUCGCCGAAGGGUUCGCGACACCGGUAGAGCACAGCACAGCGGAAGAAGCAGCCGAGGAGAAUCUCAUGAACCUCAUAGGCCGCAAUAUGCUGGAGGUUGUGGAGAGAGAUGAGCUCUACAGGGUCACCAGCUGCAAGAUGCAUGACAUUGUCCGAGACCUGGCUCUUGCUGUUGCUAAAGAUGAGAAGUUCGGUUCCGCCAACGACCAGGGCGAAAUGAUGCACAUGGAUACAGAAGUUCGCCGGUUCUCAACAUAUGGUUGGACAGAUGGCAACACAGCAGCUGCUGCGGGGGUGGAAUUCCCACUACUUCGAACCAUCAUCUCGCUCUCCGCAGCUUCUUCCUCCACCAACAUGAUCUCCUCAAUUCUCACUGGAUCCAACUACCUCAGUGUUCUCGAGCUCCAAGACUCUGCAAUCAACCAGCUGCCAGCAACCAUCGGGAAUCUGUUCAAUCUCCGCUACAUCGGCCUAAGGCGCACCAAUGUUGAGUCCUUGCCGGACACUAUAGGGAAGCUCUCCAACCUGGAGACACUAGACGUCAAGCAGACGAGAAUACAGAAGCUACCUCCAGGAAUUGUCAAGCUUGUGAAGCUGCGGCACCUCUUAGCUGACAGGUUUGCUGAUGAGAAGCAGACGGAGUUCCGCUACUUCAUCGGAUUGGAAGCGCCUAAAAUGAUCUCCAAGCUGCUAGAAUUGCAGACUCUUGAGACCGUCCAUGCCAGCAAGGAGCUGGCACAGCAGCUGAAGAGGAUGAACAAGCUGGAUACUGUUUGGAUUGACAACAUCAAUGCACACAACUGUGAUGAUAUUUUCCAUACCCUGUCAAGUAUGCCCCUGCUCUCUAGCUUACUCCUCUGUGCAUGUGAUGAGAAGGAGGUACUUAGUUUCCAAUACCUCAAGCCGACUUCCAAGAAGCUCCACAAGCUAAUUGUCCGAGGCGGUUGGGCCCAUGGGACACUCAACUGUCCGAUAUUUAGUAGCCAUGGGAAGCAUCUCCGGUAUCUGGCUCUAAGUUGGUGUGAUCUUGGGCUGGAAGACCCGCUGCAGCUGCUAGCAUGUCUUGUGCCAGAUCUCACUUAUCUCAGUCUCAACAGGGUGAGCAGUGCAAGCACAUUGGUUAUAUCUGAAGGGUGCUUUCCAAAGCUCAAGACGCUCGUCUUGAGGCGCAUGCCUAAUGUCCAGCAACUGGUGAUUGAAGUGGGUGCCCUGCCGGGCAUUGAUGGGAUCUACAUCGUGUCUCUCUGGGGGCUCAGUAUUGCCCCUCGCGGCAUUGAAUCCCUUAGAUCCUUGACCAAGCUCUGGAUGCUCAGUCUGCACAAGGACUUCAAGGCUAACUGGAUCGCGGACAAGAUGCACGGCAAGCUGCAGCACGUUCCAGAGCUCCGUACCUAG